AUGCAUGUUGAAGCACCGACGAAUGUCGACCUUGAGUCGGUCGCCAACCAACAGGACGAGAAGAUCACUUUUCAGUACAUAUGGGAGAACAAGAGAGUUCUGGGAUGGUGCCUCCUGAUCUUCCUCUUGCCGGUGAACUUUGGCUACGAGGCCAGCACUGUUGGUAACCUGCUUGCUGUAACGCCCUUCCUUGAGGAAUUUGGCCAGCAGGUCGACGGCGAAUGGGUCGUCAGUGCCAGAGAUCAACAAAUCCUCAACGCAGCAACGACAAUCGGUCUCUUCGUCUCGGCGUUCGCGACCGGCUUCGUUUCGGACAGACUUGGGCGCAAGAAGACUAUCAUCGGUGCCUGUAUUCUUUGCGUUGCCGGCGUCAUCGCGCAGUACUUCGCCAAGUCCAUUAUGCAGAUAUUCGGCGGAAAAAUCGUGGCCUGCUUCGGCUUCGGAUUGGGGCAUUCUCUCGACCCCGUUUUUGUUGCAGAGCUCGCGCCUGUCAGGAUGCGUGGGACCUGCUUGGCGUUAGUGAACACUAUGAUUGUGAUCGGCCAAUGGCUCAACUCUCUGGCUGUCUUUGCGAGCGACAAGACGCACACUGACCAACUCGCAUGGCGCAUCCCUAUCAUCACACAGAUCAUCCCCCCGGGCCUGCUCCUGCUGGGUCUGCCUUUUCUGCCCGAAUCACCCUCUUGGCUGAUUAUGCAUGGAAGGCCCGACGAAGCGGCCAAGUCUUUCCAUCGAUUCAACGGACCCAACUUUGAUGUCGAUGAAGCCAUGACCAUCAUGACGGUGGCGGUAGCCAAGGAACAGGAAUCCUCGAAGGAGGGUGGAUCUUGGCUUCAGUGUUUCAAGGGCCCUGAUGGUCGUCGGACACUGAUCAUUUGUUUUGUGUUCAUCUCACAACAAUUCAUUGGAGUGAACUUUGUGUCUGGCUACUUGACUUACUACUUCCGUCUCGCGGGCGUCCAGAACCCGAUCGGCAUCGCUCAGGCAGCGUUUGCUGUGCAGCUCUUCGGCAACAUGUGCUCCUGGCCUCUCAUUGACCGCGUCGGUCGCCGCCCAAUGAUUGUCGGUGGCUGUUUUGUCAUGACGGCCACUUUGUUGUUGAUCGGAGGCAUCGGCACGUUGGAGAACAACCAGAAGGCGUUGAUGGCCACCUACCAAAUGACACUCGAUGCGACGAGCUACUCGGUUGGAGGAGAAACGCCAAGCAACCAACUUCGCCAAAAGACGUACAGCAUCAACAUCAUGUCCGCGACAGCUGUCUCGUGUAUGACGCUGCAGGUGAUGCCAUACCUAAUCAAUCCUGACCAGGCUAAUUUGGGGGCGAAAAUCUGCUUCGUAUUUUUCGGUCUGUCGGUGCCCAUGUGCGUAUACUUGUACUUCUGCUUGCCAGAGAUGAAGGGUCGCAACUAUCUCGAGCUGCAGGAGAUGUUCCAGAAGGGUGUGCCAGCACGGAAGUUCAAGACGUAUAAGUGUGAUUGCAUGCUUGAUGCAUCGCAGACCAAGGUGGUUGACCGCGAGGAGUAG